AUGCAGGCAUUCAAAGGCCGAGGUGACACCCAUAGUAAAGAGGAACUCGACACAAGCAACUUGAUCAACCCAGAAGAUGCCUCGAAACGGUUUAGGAACGCUGAGAAACGGACAGUUCGACCAAGGAUUGUCUAUUCCUACCCUGAAUCACCUACAGGCUCGACUUCUGCAUUGGAUGCGACGGGUGACGCGACGAAACCGCUACCCCUCUCGCAACGUCUACGGACGCUGCAGCUCGAGCUCGCGUCAUUGGAACAGGAAUUGGCUGAUCCUACCAACCCACUUAUACAGAAAGAGAGAGAAGAGCUUAAUGUUGACCCUGGAGAACUUAUACGGGGUCUUGUGGACGUUCGUGGGCGAUUGAAUAAGAUUCUGAAGGAGAAGGAGGGGAGGGCUAGGUUGGUGGAUACCAUCCUCCACGAUGGUCCGGAGAAAGAAGAGAAAGAACUCAAGCCACCCGGCGUGUCAGUGAGUGACGAUGUGAAGGAGGCAUCACCGAAACCCCAAGACCACAGCCUGCUGGAUGUGGAUCGGAGGGUCGAGGAACUGGAGAAGCUGUUGGGAUCUUCAAAUGCUGGCCUAGACGAAUCCUCCCCUCUUCCUCCUCCCCUCCUCCCGAUGAUCACGAAGCUGAACAAUCAACUCGCCUUGCUAACUCAACCGAGACAUAUCGAUUCCAUCUCAAGGCGAUUGAAGAUUCUGUUGUCCGACUUGGAACGUGCUUCAGCUGCACAGCAACAUAGGAAGCAAGGAUCUCAAGGGGCCGCUCCCGUUAUGUCUGCAUACGCCCAAGAGCAACUCUUGAACACCGUCAACAGGAUUGCACCCUCGCUUCCACAGAUACCACAUAUCCUUGCCCGCCUGAGGACGCUUUCAUCGCUUCAUUCAGCAGCUGGAGAGUUCCAGGAUACCUUGAAUGACCUGGAGCAGGAACAGAGGAAGGUGCGAGCGUCGUUGGUUGAGCUCCAGACCGCAGUGGAUACGGUCGAGAAAAGUUUGGAAGAGAACAGGAAGGUUGUGAAGGGAAACGUUACUGGGCUGGAUGCGAGAGUCGAAGGGCUGUUGAAGAGGGUGGAGGGGAUACAGAAUGAGGAACGAAUGUACCAGUCACAGGCUAGUGCCUAGGGUGAAUUCGCUGCGGUGCUUUCAACUGGAAGGAACAACGCCCGGGUGCAGGCCAUUCAUUGAAGUACGUUGUGUCGCUACUAUCAAUAUACCUUGGUUUG